GACGCUGGUAUACGUUGUGGUUCGGUGCCAUCAUUGGCCUCAUUGGUGCUAUUAUUGGCAUUACUGUUUAGAAUGUAUUGCGAAAAGAAAGAGGAAGAAGGAAAUGGCAAAGUUAUCGUACAGUUACACACCAGAUUACUUUUCUUUGACGGAUAUUUUGUGCACGGAGGAAAGAUUAUCGUGUAAAGUGGAGGUUACAUUACCUCGUUUAGGUUUCCUGGAUCUUUCUUCUGAAUCAGAGGAUUUAAAGCCAGGUACAAAGUUGGAGCUUCCAUUAUGGCUGGCACAACCACUGAAUAUUUCACGAGAACCUAUAGUCAGCAUAGAUAUACCAAAAACAUAUAAAGAAGGCUACAGAGAAAUCUUAUUAGCGGAUGCAUGUACCGUUGUAUUGAAUAAAUGGAAUCCAUUUUAUUAUGAAUUAGGAAUGUACUUGAAAAAGUUCAAUAAUCGGGAUUGUGAAAUGAUUGUCGAUAGUUUAUUGCUGACCUUCAGAUCACGAUUUAGAUUGGUCAUGGACUGGGCACAGAAUCCUAUUUCCGACCCCACGCUCAACAAUUUACUGCCAAGGUUAGAAAGAGAACUAUUCUUUGCGGGAAGGAAGGCCAAGCAGCAACUGAAUGAAUGGCUGAAUAAAGGUUCGAAUGUUAUCGAAACCUCGCAAAGUGCUGUGAAUCUUAAGAAACGUAAACGAACAGAUUACGAACUCAAUUGAGAAACAUAAUACGUGAAGAAUUCUAUUCACAUUGUGAUUGUUAUAUAUGUAUACAUUGACUAAUACAAUUUUAAUGUGGUUAAUUAGUAGAUAACAAAACACAAUGUGUAUAAUAAUAUUAAACAAAAUUUAUUUUCUUAUAAAUUAA